UUUAAGCCAGAGAAUCUGAUGCUGAUUAGAAACAUAAGAGUGGAAUAUGAACUUAGAAAGAAGUUUAAACUAAGGUAUCUUGGCCUGCUGGUGUAUGUCUCCCAAAAUAAAGGAGAUGCCUUCAUUCUCUAUGAUCUGGAUAGUAUGCUACUAGCAGAUCCAGUUGCUGCAUUUCAAUGUAUUCUCUACUACUCUUGA